AUGAUUGGGGUACUCCUGCCGUAUGUGCGAAAAUUUCAGUGAGUUGGUUUGAUUUUUCAGGGGUGACGCGGUAGAGGGGUCUUAUAUUUCGAACUCUUUGCAAAAAGCUCCAUUUUCAGACGCUCCGCCGAAUCCAAUGACAUCGUCGACCGUGUCUCGUACCAGUACACUUCCACCCUCCUCGGCUUCUCCGCCAUCAUGAUGGCCGCUUCUCAGUACGUCGGAAGGCCGAUCCAGUGUUGGGUGCCGGCUCAAUUCACGAGAACCUGGGAGAAAUACGCGGAAACGUACUGCUUCAUCAAGGGAACCUACUUCUUGCCGGAAGCAUUCCUCAGCGAGGAGGAAUUGUCGGUGGCACCACACGAGACUGUUACCGCUAGUCCAGUAUGUGUUUCAAAGUGAAAUGCCCAAAAUAUGCCUAAUUAAUUUCAGCGCGUCGGCUACUAUCAGUGGAUCCCUAUCAUUUUGUUCGUCCAGGCCAUGCUCUUCUACAUCCCAUCCAUUAUCUGGAGAACGUUCAACGAAAGCUGUGGUAACUCGAUGCAGCUUGUAACCAUCUCUUAAUGUACCUGUUACUUCAGAGCUCAAGAUAAAGGAACUGGCCAUUGUCUCUGAGAGCGCUCGCAAGAGAAAGACAACCGUCCAGGACGAUCUGUCGAGAGCCAAGAAAGCCGGAAGAUACUUCUUUAAUAAGCUCACUUUCCGCAACGAACAGACCGUUUUCAAAAAGACCGGUGGUUUUGUGGCCUCUGGACGCUUCCUCCCAUCCCUAUACAUCGCCGUCAAGGUCCUCUACCUGCUCAACGUCAUCUUCCAGUUCUGGAUCCUUUCCUAUUUCCUUGAGACAAAGAGUUGGAUGUGGGGACUCACCACCUUCCUCGUAAGUUUUUUUCUCUAUUAUCUUCCACAGCCUUUUGAUAUUGAAGGACCUUGCGGCCGGCCGUGAGUGGGAGACCACUGGAAUCUUUCCGCGGGUCACCAUGUGCGACUUUUCCAUCAUGGACCUGACCGCCGUGCACGACCACAGCAUCCAAUGCGUCAUUGUAAUCAACAUGCUCGCCGAGAAAGUUUACGUGUUCUUCUGGUUCUGGCUCAUUGGAGUCGGAGUUCUCACCUUCCUUUCGCUUCUCUACUGGUCCGCGGUCUACGCGAUGCAGAGCAUUGGACGCAACUUCAUCUACAGGUGAGUGUUAAAGUUAUUGACGGGUUGGAAUGUAUUUUUUCGUUAGGAAAAAAACAAAAUAGUAUCUAAAGAGUUUAGACUUCCAGCUACUUGUUAUGCCACAAAGUUUCACAACUGUUUCCCAUCUCACCAUCAUAUUUUCAACAAAACACUUUUCAGCUACCUUCACCGAACCCCAGCCUUUGAAGUCGAGCAAGAGCGCAACAGCCUCCUCCCUGCCAACUUUGUCGACAACUGCCUUACUUCCGACGGUGUCUUCAUCUCGCGUCUUAUCCAGCAAAACUCUGGAGACCUGUUCACCUCUGUGAUGCUCGAGGAAAUGUUCACCCUCUACAAAGCGCAUGAAGCUGAGAAGGCUCACAAAAAAGACGACGAUACUGCGGUGCCAGCUGCGUCUGCGCCGACCGAGAUUAAGGACGACUAUGACGACGAGACUCCACUGCCACCACCGACAAAAGCAAUCGCCGAAACUCUGACCAGCGACGAAGAAGAAGAAGAGGAGACGGAUGUCGACAGCCCGGACACCACCGCCACUCUUCCUCGCUAA